AAAUAAUUAGCAUGAAUCUUUUUUCAGUCACCUUUGGCUCACUCCCUGGAGGGUUUGUGCUGUAAAGUUGCUUUGGAAAAAGUUGCUCAUCAUCAUUCCAUCUGCAUUCAUCUAUCUAUCAGAGUGAAGGAAUUUCUAAAAGAUGCACACAAGGAAGUGAUCCAUUCAAAUAAAUAUCUUCAUGUCACAUGAGAAAAGUUUUGAGAAAAUAUAUCAGGUUUCAGUAGAGGCCCACUUACAGUUCUUAAAGGCACUGAUGAGAUCGUGAGAGCUGCAGAUCAUCAUCACUGUGUUCAGCUGCUGAAGAGAGAAUCUCCCCGAGUGUUUUCCGCUGGUCACAAUGAGGUUUCUGAUCUUUCUGUGUGUGUCUGUUCUGCUGCUGAUUAAUGGUGAAAUGAUCAAUGGACAAACUACAGUGUUGUUGACCACCCCAAGUGUUGACCCCUGCCAUAACUACACCAGUCUGGAUGAGCCUUGGAGAGCCACUGACAACUCUUACUAUAAUAGCAAUUAUUACUAUGGCAUGUGUGAUUAUAAUGUGGAGUGGAAUGGCUGGUACAGGAUGUUCUCCAAUGGUCAGAAUACUCAGAUGCCAGAAUCAUGUGUUAAUCAAGGCAUGUGUGGGACGCAAUACCCACUGUCACUCAACGGCACUCAUCCACAGCUGGAAGAUGGAGUGGUCAUCCGUCAGGUCUGUGUCUCAGUGAUCGGCUGCUGUACUUACAGAUCCCACCCUAUAAGAGUCAAAGCCUGUCCCGGAAAUUACUAUGUUUAUGAGUUUGUCAAGCCAAUAUAUUGCUCAGCUUACUGUGCAGGUGAUUAUUUACUCAUAUGUAAUUAA